AUGACUUCGGAAGGCCAUUGUGUUUUUGUGCUGGUCUACGUGGACGAUGUGCUGGUGACUGGGAGCUCGACGGAACUCAUUGCGUGUACCAAGAGCGACCUCAAGACGCGCUUCGAGAUGACCGACAGUGGCAAGUGUGCUUUUGUUCUUGGGAUCGAGUUAUUGGACGGUGAAGAUGGCAGCGUGACUAUGUGUCAGCGCCGUUAUGUCGACGAUGUCCUCAAGCGCUUUGGAAUGGAUGAGUGCAAGGCUGUGUCAAGUCCAGUGGACAUGAGCUCUCGACUCGUUUCAAGCAAUGCAGCUACCAAGGUCAAUGUUCCGUUCCGUGAAGCAAAUCCUCAAGACGAUCACUGGAUUGCAGUCAAGCGCAUAUUUCGCUAUCUACAAGGCACUAAGACGCAUGGAAUAUGCUACAAGCCUGGUGACAAGAUCGACUUUCGUGGAUAUUCGGAUGCAGACUGGGCUGGCGACAUCGCUGACCGCAAGUCAACUUCCGGAUACACGUUCAUGCUAUUGGGUGCGCCAGUGAGCUGGGGCAGCAAGAAACAACCAAGUGUUUCGCUGUCAACGAGUGAAGCAGAACACAUUGCGCUCAGUUUGGCAAUCCAAGAAGGCAAGUGGAUUCAUCGUUUGCUGUACAAUCAAUCGUGCAUCAAGAUGACGAAGAAUCCUGUCAACCAUGGCCGUGCCAAGCACAUCGACAUCAAGUACCAUCACAUCCGUGAUGAGGUCAAGCGCGGCGAAGUCAAGCUCAAGUACUGUGAGACUACGGUGAUGUUAGCAGACAUCAUGACCAAGGGACUUCACGGACCGCGUCACAAGGAGAUGACAGAGGCGCUUGGCAUCCGCACGUGUUCGCAUUGA